GCUUUUUUUUAUUGUACUAUUUGGGUCUAUGUGCUUGUUUGAUUGCAGAACUUCUGGUCAACAGCGGAGUGACUGUCACGCACAGUUAUACUGUUAUACGGCAUUACUCUUUGCGAAAUUAUCUAGGUAUCAGCUAUGUUUUUGCUUGAGACAGAGUCGGUGUACUGCAAGAGUAACCUAUUUGAAAGCGGAUUUGCGGUAAAUGGAGGUCUGGAUGGUUCCGGACAAUCUCCAGCGCAUCUAGCGGCGUGCGGAGGGCAGGCUUUUUGCUUGCUUUGGCUCCUGCAGACCGGUGCUGAUGCAAACCAGCAGGACGCGAGUGGAGAGACACCCAUGCAUAAAGCAGCCAGGGCGGGCAGUUUGCAGUGCAUCAGUGUGCUGAUGGCAAGCGAUGCACAUUUCGACAUUUGCAACAAUGGUGGGCAGACGGCAGAAGAUAUUGCGUGGUCAUAUGGCUUUGAGGAGUGUGGGAAGUUUCUGAACAUGCAUCGUAGAACACAAGACCUAAAGAACGCUUCUUUAUCAUCUCUCUCUGAACGACACAUACUGAACGGCACUCUCACUGGACAGAAGAGAGGCAGCGCAAGCUCUAGUGCUCAAGACGGGAAGAAAGCACGAGACUGGUGAUGAACGUUCUCGUGGAGAGAGGGAAUUUUGAAGUAUCAUAUGGGUUGUUUGACCAUUACUGGAGUGAAUGGUGAACAGAAGCAUUGGUAUGUCAUCAAGAGUCUGAAUUCCCAGUGGACACUUGGUGCCUAUACUGUAACCUCAGCAGUCAAGAUGAACUGACACGGUUAUAGGGUCAGUGAUUUUGAAGUCUCAAGUACAAGAGACUUAUUGACUUACACUGGUACCGUAAAACUGUUCAGAGCAGUGCUUCAUACGUAUACCAGCCAACAAUGAAGGAAAUCAGAGAGAGUUGUCUUAAAAGGGUGAGACAUUUGGGUUUUUCACUGGAAAAAGUGCAACAUUUAACUUGAACCACAUGUGUGUUGUGAACCAAUCAUGUAAAAACCCAGAGGGCACUGAAAUGCUUUGAAAGUUUAACAACGGUUUAGAAAUAUGUGGAUGCAGACAGCUGACUUGCUGCCAGGUUUGGCUAAUCAAGACAUUCUUAAUAAGGCAAGGUUUAAAUCACAGGAAACAUUUUGUUUUAGGAAGAUAUUUUAACUGCUGUUUCUUUUUAUUUAUUAGCAAGGAGCCUUAUCUUAUUCGAUUUGCAGCCUGACUGAAAAUCAAGUAACCUUUAGCGUGACUGAAAACGGAUGUUAAAAUACACAAGGACAUUUAAAACAUUGUAAGGACAAUAAGCAAUAAAGCACUUUGUCCGUUUGCACUCCUUGAAACAAUGAGACUUCCUGUGUAUCCAUGAACUUGGAGUAUGAAUAAAAGUGAAUAAGUGUCA